AUGUCUGCCACUAAGCCCAUUAUCUUUUACACCACCGCUAGAGGCCCUGUUCCAUGGAGAGUCACUACCAUUCUCAAGGAAUUGAAGGUUCCUUAUGAGAGCAAGUACCUUGAAAGCCCCGAGAUGAACACAGAAGAAUACAAGUCUCUGAACCCGAAUGCCAAAGUUCCUGCCAUUGAGGAUCCCAAUACCGGAAUAAGACUGUUCGAGGCUGGAGCUAUCAUUCUCUAUCUUCUUGACACCUACGACACUGCUGGCACCUUGCACUCACUUUCAGGAGCAGAAAAGUACUUGGAAUUGGCGUGGAUGCAAUUCCAGGCGUCCGAACAACACAUGUACUAUAGUCAAUAUGCCUGGUUCCUGUACAAACACCCAGAGCAUGUCCAGUCUGCCCUCGACCGCUAUGAAUGGACGAUCAAGCGCACCAUUGGGAUGAUCGACGAGUAUCUGAAGAAGACCGGCAGGAGCUAUCUCGCCGGCGACAGGGUCACUUACGCCGACCUUGUCUUUGUGGUUACCAACGAGUUUGUUCCCCAAUUGCUCCCAGGAUACGACCCAUCCGAGGAAUUUCCCCAUUACGCUAAAUGGAACUCUUCUCUUGUCAACAGGCCCUCGUUUCAAGAGUUAGCUGCUGAGAGAGCAGCUCUUGGCCAGCCACUGGGUGUAGUCGAUCAGAAGCAUAUCGAUAACUACAUUUGGAGAAACGAUCCAAACCACAAGUGGUGA